AUGAAUAAGCAAUUUCUUACUUGUGCCUUUGCCUCGGGAAACGCUGCCCUCACAGAAGUCCUCGACUGGCUCACGAAAAUCGACUACGGUCCGCAGCAAAGUGACUACCUUAAGAGACGGCAACCAGGAACCGGGCAAUGGCUCCUUGACUCAGAAAAGUUCAAGGGUUGGCUGUCCGCCAGCAAUCAGACACUCUUCUGUCCAGGUAUCCCCGGGGCGGGAAAGACGAUCUUAACGUCAGUCGUGGUUGACCACCUCGGUUCCAAGUUUCACAACGACCCGAAGAUCGGUAUCGCAUACAUUUACUUUAAUUUCCAGCGGCAAGACAAGCAGACGAUUGAUGACUUGCUGGCGAGUGUGCUGAAACAGAUAGCCGAGAGCCAACCCUCUGUUCCAGGAAGCGUCAAAGAUCUCUUUGACAAGCAUAUGUUCAAGCGGACGCGGCCAUUACUUGACGAAACCUUGAGAGUUCUCCAGUCCGUGGCGGCGACGUGUUCGAGAGUCUUUAUCGUUGUUGAUGCACUUGACGAAUGCCAAACAUCCGAAGGCUGCCGGAGGAGGUUUCUCUCCGAGCUUUUCAACCUACAGAAAAUGCAUGGGAUAAAUAUCUUUGCAACAUCGAGGUCUAUUACUGAGAUUGUUGAUCGCUUCAAAACCAGCAUAUCACUGGAAAUCCGUGCAAGUACGGCCGAUGUGGCACAAUAUCUAGAAGGUCACAUAUCGCAGUUACCAUCUUUCGUCCAACAGGACCGGCGGCUGCGAGAAGAGAUUACGGCGGGGAUCUCAGAAGCCGUCGAUGGAAUGUUUCUCUUGGCACAAAUCUAUCUUAAUUUGCUUUAUGACAAGAUGACACCGAAUGAUAUUCGAAGCACAUUGGAAGUCUUCCGGAACCAAGGGCAAGGCCGAGCCGAGAUCCAGAAGGUCGAGGCACUGACCAGUGCGUACGACCAAGCAAUGAUGAGAAUCGUUGGGCAGAUGCCGGGUUGCAAGAAGCUUGCGAUGGAGGUUCUGACAUGGAUCACGUGCGCGAAGAGACAGCUUACCACGUUAGAACUCCAGCACGCCCUCGCAACCAAGCCGGGAAAGUCCGAGCUUGACGACGGAGACUUGCCAUGCAUCGGAGACAUGGUCUCUGUAUGUGCUGGACUGGUAACGGUCGAUGAAAACAGUGGCAUUAUCCGGCUGGUUCAUUAUACAACGCAAGAAUAUCUUGAGGGGACACGGCCGCGAUGGAAUCCGAACGCAGAAUUGGCGAUCACGACAACCUGCGUUACCUAUCUCUCAUUCACCGUCUUUGAGACCGGGUUCUGCACAACGAAGCGUAAGUUUGAGGAGCGGUUGCAGUCAAACCCGCUCUACGAUUACGCCGCGCGCAAUUGGGGGCAUCAUGCACGCAAGGCUGCAACAUCGAGUCAAGUGGUUAUUGACUUUCUUGAGAGUAAAGCUAAGGUCGAAGCAUCAAGUCAGGCGUUGAUGGCCACCAACCGGAACCUAUCAUACCCAGAAUACGCUCUACUAGUUCCAAGGAAUAUGACGGGACUACAUUUAUCAGGAUACUUCGGAGUCAUCGAGGCCGCAGAUGAACUUCUCAGGAAUAGACCCGGUCCAGAUCUGAAAGAUACCUUCAGAAGAACGCCGCUGUGGUAUGCUGCCCAAAACGGGCACGAGGCCGUUGUUAAGAAGCUGCUCGCAGCGGGAGCCGACGUUAAUGCUGCUGCUGCUACUUCUGAGACGGCGCUCCAAGCAGCAGCUGGAGGAGGCCAUCUCGAGGUGGUCGAGAAGCUGCUCGCAGCGGGAGCCGACGUUAAUAAUACUUCUUGUGGCCAGACGGCGCUCGAAGUAGCAGCUGAAGGAGGCUAUCUCGAGGUGGUCGAGAAGCUACUCGCAGCGGGAGCCGACGUUAAUGCUGCUGCUGCUACAUAUAGUGGCCAGACGGCGCUCCAAGCAGCAGCUGGAGGAGGCCAUCUCGAGGUGGUCGAGAAACUACUCGCAGCGGGAGCCGACGUUAAUGCUGCUGCUGCUACUUCUGGUGGCCAGACGGCGCUCCAAGCAGCAGCUGGAGGAGGCUAUCUCGAGGUGGUCGAGAAGCUACUCGCAGCGGGAGCCGACGUUAAUACUGUUGCUGCCGCUACUUUUGGUGGCCGGACGGCGCUCCAAGCAGCAGCUAGAGUAGGCCAUCUCGAGGUGGUCGAGAAGCUGCUCGCAGCGGGAGCCGACGUUAAUAAUACUUCUGGUGGCCAGACGGCGCUCGAAGUAGCAGCUGAAGCAGGCCAUCUCGAGGUGGUCGAGAAGCUACUCGUAGCGGGAGCCGACGUUAAUACUGUUGCUGCCGCUACUUUUGGUGGCCGGACGGCGCUCCAAGCAGCAGCUAGAGUAGGCCAUCUCGAGGUGGUCGAGAAGCUGCUCGCAGCGGGAGCCGACGUUAAUAAUACUUCUGGUGGCCAGACGGCGCUCCAAGCAGCAGCUAGAAGAGGCCAUCUCGAGGUGGUCGAGAAGUUGCUCGCAGCGGGAGCCGACGUUAAUACUGUUGCUGCCGCUACUUUUGGUGGCCGGACGGCGCUCCAAGCAGCAGCUAGAGUAGGCCAUCUCGAGGUGGUCGAGAAGCUGCUCGCAGCGGGAGCCGACGUUAAUACUACUACUGCUACUUCUGGUGGCCAGACGGCGCUCGAAGUAGCAGCUGAAGCAGGCCAUCUCGAGGUGGUCGAGAAGCUACUCGUAGCGGGAGCCGACGUUAAUAAUACUUCUGGUGGCCGGACGGCGCUCCAAGCAGCAGCUGAGAAAGGCUUCCUCGAGGUGGCGAAUCGACUCAAGGCAGCCGGCACAUUGAGAUGA